AUGGAUGUACGAAAAAGUGGUCGAGCCUCCCAGCUCCAGGCCCAGUCGCUGUCCGCAGAAGGCGCCUUCAACUGGGUCUUUCUGAUUGAAACAUUGCUUACCGCCAUCCUCGGUCUCUUCUUCCUGUUCUACUUCAAUCGCCUGUUCGCGACCAUUGUCUCGUAUGCCAUUCGAGUCUACACAUGGCGUUACUACAAGGCCUACAUCGACAUCACCUCCCUCCAGAUCAGCCUGCUAGGAGGGCGCCUCUUCUUCAAGAACAUACGCUACCACGCCCAUAAUGUGACGCUCUAUGUGUACGAGGGACACAUAACCUGGAGGUACUGGUUGCGCAUGGUGCAGGAUGCCGAGUUGUUCCAAGACGAAGAUCUUAUGGUCAAGGAUAAGGACUGGGAAAAGCAGGCCCGGCCUUCUUCCUCGGAUGGCCGUGUGGGGAGCAGCAGUGAGGACGAGAAGGGUCGGGAAAGGAGCACGAGUAUCGGCAAAGAAGAGCACGCUGGAGUGAAACCCAAGAAAGAUCUACCAUGCCGAAUCUCUGUCAAAGUCGCAGGCGUAGAAGCCUUUAUCUACAAUCGCACUCCGUUCUACGACUCAAUCGUCGAAGCCACUCUAGCCAAGGCAAAGGAUGCCACAGAUGUUGAUGCUAGCCAGGAAACUCUGAGCCGAUCGGCAACUCCAUCGUCACCAGAUACCGGUCGCAAGCCAGGAAUAGACCUACCGAAGAGAACGGCUACGGUCACCACCAGCGCUAGCACCAAGCCUGUUGAGAAGCUUGAAAUUCCCUCUUUCCUACGCAUCUUUCCCAUCAAAGUCGAAUGCAGGAGAGCUGCUGCUGCGAUUGGCAACCAAAAUACGACUCAUGUUGUCGUCGCCAAGGCCGAGAAAGCUGGGGGUGUUGUAGACGCUGGUCAUGCAGGACCUCUCGACUUAUGGAAGCUGCUAUUCAAGUUCAAUGGCGAGAAAUUUAACGUUGCUAUGAAGCCCAAUCGCGAUUUCAAAGAAUAUCAGCUUGACGCUGCACGACGAAUACUGCGUGAGAAACAGCUCGGCGAGCCACCAUCCUCGGAGCCCGUCAUCAAUGUAUGGUCAAAAUUUUGCGGUUUCUUCACGCGUGGCAACAGUUCCGUCGACUCGAUACGUACUGCGUCCGUCAAAGAAGGCUCUGUGCUAGGUCAGACAGCACCUCCUCCUCUCGAUCAAUUGCCAGGAAAAGGACAGUGGCACGGCCUGCGAAGGUAUCUUGAUGAUCACGAUGUCAACGAGCACGAAGAAUGGCAGCACGUUGAGUACGCCAAAGCUACUCAAUUAGUGGAUAUUGAUAAAGUCACUAUGCGUUUCUACUGGGACAUGCCAGGACCUGUGCCGGAUGGCACGCUGGACAGCGACACGCUCCUCGGCUCCACUUACGAAGAUGAUAUCAACGGGAGUAUGCCUCCCGAGUAUGGUAUGGAUAUCGGCGUGCAUGGCGGUGUGGUAGUGUAUGGGCCGUGGGCAGACAGGCAGCGAAUCAAUAUCCAACAGUCCUUCUUUCCGGCCCCUUUUGUUGAUUCCGCGCCUGCCAAAGCCCUGAAGCCUGGUGAGCUGCGAGUAUCGACGGUGAUGAAGAUAAAGAUCAUCAUCGAAGAAGAUGUCGUCUUACGCAUACCGACUCGCGAGGAGUCCAAAGACGAAAAGUGGAAAGGUCGUGCAGAUAAGGACCAGUCAGCAAACGCUGCUGCUGGCGCCGAUAAAGCUGGUCUCAAAAACUGGAAGCGACAUGGAAGGAGGCGCAAGGGUAAGCAGCGUCCCGCGGCCGUUGAUGCUCGCCCAUAUGCUUGGCUAGACAUUGUCAUUAAGAAAGACAGCGUUGUCAACUACACGAUGGACAUGUAUCCCCGCUCCACUGGCUACCGCAACCGACUGGACGUGGAUGUGAAAAGCCUCGAAAUGAACAGUAGUGUCAAUCACGGUCUACUCUGGCGCUCGGGCCCGGUCAGUGUUGAAGCCGAUAUCUCGCAGCCACUGACCUGGAAUACUCUGCGUGACUGGCCUUUCAAGGUUUUCAUCAACGACAUGGAACUAUUCAUUCUGCGGGACCACCUUUUUCUGAUCAUCGAUCUCGUGAACGACUGGGGAUCCGGAGCAAUCUCAGAGUUCUACACUUUUGUUCCAUACAACUAUCAGCUGGACCUGAAUUUCAACAAUUUUAUAAUGUACCUUAAUGUCAAUGACGCUAACAUCAUCAACGACCCGGCCGACUUCGAUAGGAACGAUUUUUUGACACUCGAGGGUCAGAUGCAUGCAGUGCUGGGGAUACCGAUGAAGCACUAUCGGCCAAAGACGAAUCGCAUCACUUUCGACGUGCUGGCCACAGAUAUGAGUAUGCGCAUGCUUAGCCCCCCUAAGAGCACGUUCAGCGUGUUCGUGGAAGACAAGACGAUGGUCACGUUGCCCAAGCUCACUCUGAAUGGCUCAUAUACUGCCAACCAAGAAGCCCGUGUUGGCAAUGUCGACGCUCUUCGUAUGGAUCUGGUUGGCUCUGGAAUGACUCUCAAAGCAUUUGGAUUCUUUGUGCGCCAGCUGGUCAGCGUCAAGGAGAACUACUUUGGCGACUAUAUGCACUUCAAGACGCUCGAGGAGUUUCAAGGCGCCAGCGAUGACUUUCAGGAGGCAAAUGCGAAGACGGCUAGUUUCCCCAAGCCAACCUCCAUCAAUGAACUCGACGUGAUCCUCUGCAUUGUAGCAGAGCAGGCGACGGUCUUGCUACCCACGAAUCUAUAUUCCUGCAAGGAGUUCGUGCGCGUUGAUCUGCCCCGGGCUGAUCUAGACCUACGUAUUGUGAGCUAUUACCUUGACAUGGGGUUGCAGCUAUCGCCGAUCAGCUUUAUGACUGGCGUCCCUGCACCUGACGAAGAGGAAGACUCGCCCGUCGAUACUGAGUCUAACACGCAGUUCUGGUGUUCACACGUCGAUCUCAACGGCCAUCGUGCCUUCGGCCUGCCCCCCAACGAGGAUGCCUAUGUUAGCCAGUGGGACAUCGACAUAGGCAAGAUUACGGGAGAGCUAUCUGGUCGGUUUGUGCGCGAUCUUGCACUCGCGGGCCAAGCAAUCGGAUUUUCCAUGGACGACGCAGAGAAUGCGCUUCCGGUGGUUUCGCCCGCCGUAGCUUUGGAUGCUAGCUUUGUGCAAGUGCGCACAAACACUACGCGUAUAUGGGUGCAUGUCGGAGAAGAUGCUCUGCUUCUCGACCUUGAACCAGUCAAAGUUGAUGUUGCUGGCUGGGCAAGCAAGACAUUCUCGCAACGUGUCAACGUUCUGGUGCCUCUAAUCACUUUGGCAUGUGUGGAUGGACGUAGUGCUUCACGCCAUCGGUCUCGGUCAAAGCGCGAGCACCCUGUCAGGACGUAUGCCUUCCUCCAGACUGGCGUCUCCGUGGACGUGGUAGACAGGAAAAUGCACUUUGAGCUGGAAACUAAGAAGCAGCAAGCUCAUAUCAGGCUGCACGACCAACGCACUGGCAGGUUCCCUUUCUUGAUCCGGCCAGAGAUCGAUUCUUCCAUCAAACCUGAGGACGAUUUGACCUUCGAAUCUCCAGCGUUGCCAUUCCCGCCAAUGCCAGCACCGAUCACCACGCCCGGCGUCACAUCACAGACUCGGUCUGUCAAGUCUGUCGAGGGUAUUACCAGCAAGCGGCGACCUCUUUCAAGAUCAUCUAUAUCAUCACUGUCUGGCUCUGUGAGAAGUGGACGGCCAUCGGGCAUGGCGAGACGAGCUGGACACUCGAGCAGAUCGCACGAGGAGUCGGACAGUCGCAAUCCAAGUUCCUUCCGCUCGCUACGGGCAAGCAGUCGUUCAUCAUCCUCAGACCGGAGUCCCUCCAGAAGACAUAGUGCAUUGUCAUCUGAUGCGGAACGUGUCAGGCUCGGCUUACCGUCGUCUACCAUGGCUUUCUCGAGCGCGUAUUCCGAGCCCUAUUUUCCGCUCGAGACGAUCCAGCCCGAUGAGACGAACGUGCCGCCAUUCAAGCCAUGCACUUCAGAACACGUUGAAUCUCUCGCUUCGGAGAUCUCUUCAGCGAUUGAGAGUCCAGAUGUUGAUUCUGACUUUGAACGUACUUGCGUGCUUAUCAAGAUUGUACCGGGUAUUCGAGCAUACGUUGAGCCUCGCAUCGCUAUCACAGUCUCCAAAUUAAUCGAAAAGGUUUCGCCAAAAACUCCAGAAGAGGUCAUGGACUCCUUCCAUAUGAGCGUCAUGGGAGCUAUACAAAGUCACAACGUUGCACGAGUGGGCAGCAAAUCUAUUUUGGAGAUUCAGGCUUCUCUGCCGGCAGCGCAUGUUCGUAUCGCCCUUCUCCAAGAGGAUCACGAUGUGCUCGCUGAUCAGGUUGACGUUACCUUGGCGACGCUCGAAACGUCUGUCAGGCUCAAGAAUAUGCCCUCAGAACACAAUCCGUCGCCUGAUGUGUCCUUGCAUACCCUCCUAGGUAAAAUGGACUUGACGCUCUGUGAAGUGCAAAAUGGUGUGCUCUCAAUGCCGGCAGUAUCGGUGAGCAUAGAUGAUGUUCUCAUCUGGCUCGCGCUUUCUAACACGCAUGCCUUCCAUGCCUCCGUUCGCGACACCACAGCCACUGUCGCUGGAUCGCAAGCACAGUACUUGACGUUGCUCGCUCUAAAGCUGAUACCGCUUAUAAAAGAUAUUGAGGGCAGAUUCACAAGAGUUGCAGACACAAACAUGAAACGGCUUCUGUACCUCACCUACUUGUUGACUAGCAAUGGCGCAGACCUGGGUGACCCGCCCUUCAUGGCGCGUAUGCUUUUCAUUCUUCGGGCAUUUCCUGGCCACUUCCGAAACACGGACAGUUGGAAAAUUCUCACUAGGUUUCGGUAUAUCAUGCUCAACCUACCGGAAGAUGAGAUGCAGAAGCUCAAAGGCUAUUUCAAGUCAUCCAAAAUCGACUGUCAAGCAGACGCGUCCAUGAAAGUGCUAGAAAGUUGGACACAAUGGCGCAACUGGGACGUACCAUAUGUCAACCAGACCAUGGCAUUCCAGCAACUCUUUGGCGCCGAGGAGAAGAAAAAGCUCGAGCUGUUCGAGCGCAAGCCUGUCACUGUGACAUUCAGAUCGGAGAUGCUGAGGGUUGUUAUUGAAAAUGACGCUGGUACCAGCGACAUCGUCCUAGAAGAUACUUCUUUAGGGGUAGAGAACACCCCUCCAACCAAACCCGAGGGUCUAAUGCUCGUUGAGGAGAACAAGCGUAUGAACACUGUGCUGCAAGCUAACGCUCAGAUCAUUGCCAUCAGCCUUGACUGGGCGCUGUUCCGGAUUGCAGAAGACGUGCUCGCAUUAAGGGACAAGAUUGAGGAAGCUGAGAUCAAGCUAAAAGGUCAUGGCAAUAGGACUGCACAACAAGCACUAGAAGAUGGCUUGGCCCGACACGAUAUACAUGUUGUCGUAUCCACUGAUACUGGUACACUGUCGCUGCAGACUGCCAACGUGCGACACCUGUCACGUAUAGACGGCAUGAAACUGUCCGUUAUUGGCACAACACAAGCAACAGAGCAGCUUGGGCAGUGCGCAAGUUUAAUUCUCAAUGUCGACACGGCCAUCACAGAGUGCCAUGGACCAGACUCGCGCAUCUGGAAAACUCUCUUGACAUCACCCAGUCUGUAUAUUGACCACCUACAGGCGGCGACAGGGGUCGUUAUACCACCAACCAUUACCCUAGCGAUUGCUUACGAAGAUCUGCGUGUGUCUAUCGAUGAGCAGGUGCCGGGAAUCUUGCAUGUGGUAGAUGCUAUCAUUGCAUAUGAAGUGGCUCAGGUGAAACGUCUGGUGGAUCGGGCACAGAAUACUCUGGCACACUCAAUACCUUCGCCUCCAGGAAGUCCGGAAAUGCAGAUCGAAGCCACGCAGACUAGCACAAACAAUGCUUCCCGUGCGACUUCCUCGAGCUUGGCGCCGAAAUUACACGUUGCAGUUCUGGCUGGAAAUAUGCAUCUCGAGGUAUCGCUCUUACAAGCUCUUGGCUAUCAGCUUGACGGUAUCGCCGCCAGCGUCAAAGUGGCGCCAAGUCUGAAGAAGGAAAGAAUCUUCGGCAUCGACUUCGAUGUCGGACGCAUGAAUCACGCAUUUGUGAACACGUCGAGGAACGACCGGCAUGUGCAAGGCCUGCUCGAGGUGCCUCCAAUCAAUGGCCAUGUUGGUCUUGAAUUUGAUGGCGAUGGGACCUCAAUUUCUGUCGCAAGUACCAUAGAGCGCGUGGAAGUUGAUGCUGGUGCUGUGCAAGGGGUCAUCGCUGUCAUCAAUCAGAACGAAGUCCAAGAUGUCAUGUCAGCCAUCAAGUCCGGAGUCGAAGACAUCAAGGGCCGCGUGAUCGAAGUUUUCCCAGAAGACCAUCAAGUCGUGCCAAAGCCGGUCCAGCAAAAGCGUGUCAAAUUCGAUGCUCGAUUCGCUUUGCUCGGCAUCAGAGUGUCUGCGACUACGCCGACUGCGGAGGGACAUGGAGGAGCGACCGCAGAAGUUGAGUUUGGCAUUGGACCCCUGCAUGCCACUGCGUCCAACAGGGCCGCCUCGAAAGAUGCAAAUCCAUUCUUACCAGAGGUGCGAGCACACGUUCAGGAUAUUGGAGCGAGUAUGCAGAUCAACGAUCGUGGCACGAUACGGCCCUGUGGCAAUGCCACCCUUGGCAUACAACUGCAUUUCAACAAUACUGCGAAAGAGGAUGGGACUGUGCAUCGCGAGCUGAACGUACGCAGCGAUGGCAGCUCGAUCCACGCUUACCCUGACACGGCAGCUAUCAUCGUCGAUGUCAUCAACCAUUUGCAGGAUCGCAUCAAGCAUCUGGACUUGUCUAAGGAGCUCGAGUACUUGCGCAAGCUGAGGAACGAGCGAAGACAGAGUGUGAUUCAACGUGUCAGUGGCAAGCAUGACUGGACGGAAGAUGAAGAGAUGCCUUUCUCGCCCGAGGAUCUGCUAUCAAUUACGACCACGAUCGAGCUCACCGAUAUCCAGGUUGCGUGGCUGGUGGACAGCACUUUCGCGCCACACCGAGGGUCGCCUGUCGAUGAUGUCGUGUUCUCUAUCUCAAGUAUCGAAUUCACCACCCGUGGAGGACACGAAGCACGCCUCACCAUAGAAGACAUGCAGCUCCAGCUGGCAAAGGUACAGGAUAGCAAGCAACACCGCGCCCUCAACUCUGCUCUGCUGCCUGAAAUCGGCUUUAGUGUGGCUUACUGGAAGCAAGACAAAAUGUGGAGUCUAGCUUUCAAAGCCACUGGCAAGCCACUUGACCUGAGGCUCGAAUCGAAAUUCAUGCUACCCGUCGCGGCAGUCCAGCGAUCCAUAGAGGUCGCUGUCCGGAGAUUCAAAGCAGGCACGGCGACGUGGCAAAGUACUCCCACCAAUUCGGGCGCGCAAAGGAAAAUGCCGCUUGAUACCAAGCGUGUCAGAUCUGUCCUGAUUGAAGCCGACUUCGCUGGAGCGCAAGUGUAUAUGCAAGGGUCUGGUCCGAAGAAUAACACUUUGUCUUCAAUUGCGGCAGCCUCACAGCAGCAAGGCGCCAAACAUGGCAGAUAUGGCCAAUUCGCUGCCGAUGGUGCAUUAAUGCACAUGACACUGACUGCGCCCGGCAUUGCAUUCAAGAUGGAGUACAAUUCGCACAAAGAACAUCCAACUGUCAAUGCGGAGCUAGUGAUUGCUGCUUCAAGCAAUGCGCUGGCUCCUAAUGUUGUACCGCUCAUCUUGGAAGUUUCUAAUAGCAUCAAGGAUGUCAUGCAAAGUGAUGAGAGGGUGAAGACGCCACCUCCAACUGACAGUAGAGCGGCGCUCAGAGACCAGGACUAUGGCGAUAUUGUUACGACUACGCCGGCCAAGAUCUUCGGAAAGACCAAAGUCGACCUUGGCUUCCGUAUUGCAAAGCAAGAGUUUGGUCUAAGCUGCCAGCCUAUCGCUAGAGUUGACGCAAAGGCGUCUCUCGACGACUUCCACGUUACGAUGAACACGAUUGAUUCCGACGAGCAUGGCCACUUCUUCGCCAUGUCAGCUGUGCUGACUGGGCUUCAAGCUCAGAUCAAACACAUGUAUUCGCGAGAGCCGACGUUCAGCUAUGGCAUGGAUUCUAUCGUCAUGUCCAUCAUGAACAACAAGCACUUGAGUGGCACCGCUGGUAUAUCGGCUGUUCUGAAUCUCAACCCGACCAAGAUCAUCAUCAACGGCAAGCAGUUCCAAGAUUUGCUUUUAUUCAGAGAAAUCUGGCUGCCUCCCGAGAUACGCCAUGCAGGAGAUGUGGGCGCUCAACCCGCGGCUACAGCACCAGCACAGACUACCGACCAAUUCGUGGUGCAAAAGUACCAAAGCAUAGCUGCGGCUGCAGCGUUCCCAUGGAAUGCGACUGUGAACAUCACUGAACUGGCUGUAGAUCUCGACUUGGGACAGAGUAUUGGCAAGACGUCUUUCAUGAUAAGUAACCUAUGGGCCAGUCAGCAGAAAACUUCCAACUGGGAGCAAAACUUAUGCAUUGGCCUGGACGAGAUGAUCACGACCAGCACUGGACGUAUGAGUGGCUUCAUUCAACUGGAUAAGCUGGGCGUGAGAACUUCCAUCACGUGGCCGGAACAAAGCACAGAUCCUGCGAUGAGGAAGACGCCCCUCAUCCAAGCAUCGGUGGGCUUUGACAAGCUCAGAGCCAAAGCUGCGUUUGACUACCAGGCCUUCGCAUUCGGAGAUAUUGAAAAGUUCGAUUUCUUGAUGUACAAUGUUCGCGAUGCUGGUGGCAAAGCCGAUCGUCUCGUUGGUGUGCUGGAUUGUGGUAGAGCCUAUAUCUUCUGCACGUCUACGAGUCCUGCUCAAGCCGUCGGCUUGUAUCAAGCUUUCGAUCGUCUGAUCCAAGAGAAACAGGCCGCGUACAGUCAAAGCCUCAGGGAGAUUGAGAAACACGUUCGGAGAGAAAGCACAGUCGUACCUACCAGAUUUGGUCCUCGUAUCCCUGGCUCGUCCGUUGGAGAAAAAGCAGCCAAAAAGACGACGAUCAGGCUACAUACAGAUGUUGUCGUCACGAUGGGUGCAGUCUGCUUUGGAGUCUAUCCCGGCACUUUCUUCGAUAGCCAAAUACUGAAGCUCGAAGCGAACAACAUUCAAGCUCGAUUCGCUGUUGGCCUUGAAGGGGGCCAGAUCACCAGUGGUCUCGGUAUGACACUGGGACAGCUGCAGGUCGCUCUCUCUUCCACUCGACGCGUCACUGCUGUCCCGAAAGCGAUCGAGGUCACGAUUGACGAGGUCAUUCAGAACGUGUUUGAUGCCAAGGGUGGAAUCAUUCUCCGAGUUCCCAAAGUGAUUGCUAGCAUGCAAACUUGGCAGAGCCCAGGAGGGAAUGAAGUGGAUUACAUUUUUAAAUCGCUGUUUGGUGGCAAGAUUGAUGUGGGAUGGAACUUGAGUCGAAUCAAUUUCAUCAAGGGUAUGUGGACGUCGCAUACGAGGGCUUUGGCGACUCGGUUGGGUAAAAGUCUACCUGAAAGUGCUGUGAAGAUUUCGGCUUCUGGUGGAGAUGACAGUCCUUCGGGAAGCGACAAGGCUGGCGGCGAUGCCUUGGCGCAAGAGAAGAUUACGGCCGAGAUCAAGCUUCCGCAGUCCAAGUAUGAAUACCGGGCGCUGGAGCCGCCGGUCAUCGAAACGCCGCAACUGAGGGAUAUGGGUGAGGCAACGCCGCCGCUCGAGUGGAUCGGGUUGCAAAGGGACAAAUUGCCCAAUGUGGUACAUCAAAUUCUGAUUGUGAGCUUGUUGGAGGUAUGCAGGGAGGUCGAGGACGCGUAUGGGAGAAUUUUGGGAAGUGCCCCGUCGUGACGCUCCCAGAUUACCUCUUAUUGAUUGAUGGUUGUUGAUUAGCGCGGCGUUGAAAGGAUUGUGGCAUACUAGCUUGUGGAAAUAGCAUGACUUCCAGGACAGAACUUGCAGGUACAGUACAUAGGUGAGAAAGAAUCACAGACGGUU